CACAGCACUCUGCGCUCUGCCCCAUAUUCUUCUAUUUGGCAAUUCUCACCACCGCCGCUUCGCCGAGUCGCUGCUGCGUAAAAAGCCGCUGCUGCGUAAAAAGCCGCUGCGCCUCCGCGCUUUGGAAAUGUAGUUCUACGUGUGUGUGUGCGCACAGAGAGAGAGAGAGAGAGAGAGAGAGAGAGACAGAGCUCUCCAGAAAAAUAUGGACCUUAAAUCCGAGCUCCUCAAGUCCAUCUGGUACGCGUUCACGUCGCUGGAUGUGGAGAAGUGUGGCAAAGUGUCCAAGUCGCAGUUGAAGGUGCUGUCCCACAACCUGUACACGGUGCUGAACAUCCCACACGACCCCGUGGCUCUGGAGGAACACUUCCAGGACGAUGACGACGGACCGGUGUCCAAUCACGGCUACAUGCCGUACCUCAACAAAUAUAUUCUGGAUAAGGUGAAAGAGGGGAUGUUCGAUAAGGAGAAGUUCGACGACCUGUGCUGGAUGAUGACCAUGAAGAAGAACUACAGGGGGGUACCGCAGGGGGCGCCGCUAUCACUGAGAGACAGUUUCAAGCUCUUCUGUCUAUUCAACCUCCUGUCGGAGGACCGCUACCCGCUGGUGAUGAUACCAGAGGAGGUGGAGUAUCUCCUGAAGAAAAUCUCCACCGCGAUGAGCGAGGAGUGGGAUGAGAAGCUUUUGGACGACUUAAUAUCCGAGGAUGCCGCAGUGCAGGAGGAGGGCAUGUCCGUGUGGGCGUUCCUGGAGCACAUGGGUGCAGGCCGACUGCUGAGGGUCACCAGUGCCGAGGCCUUCAGCCUGGCUCUGGACGAGGUCUUUCUGGAGAUGUAUCACAAUGUCCUGAAGAGGGGUUAUAUGUGGAAAAAGGGUCACGUGCGUAGGAACUGGACCGAGCGUUGGUUUGUGCUGAAGCCCUUCUCCAUGGCGUACUACGUCAGCGAGGACCUGAAAGACAAGAGGGGAGAAAUCCGGCUGGAUAAAAGCUGCAUCAUAGAGACCCUUGCAGACAGGGAGGGGAAGCGCUGUCUGUUCUGUGUGAAAACCCACAAUAAAACCUUUGAGAUGAGUGCGUCUGACCAGAGACAGAAAGUGGAAUGGACUCAAGCCAUUCAGACAGCCCUCCGUCUCCAGGGUGAGGGCAAGUCCUCCCUCCACCAAGAACUCAAGCUGAAGAGACGCGUCCACCGGGAACACAGCCAACGGGAGCGCUGCCGGAGCUCCCGCAGCAGCUGCAGCAGCCAAUCGGACGACUCCAGUAUCCAGGAGAUGGAGAAGAUGGAGAAGGAGAAGGACAGACAGGAUCUCGAGAUUGAGAGCAUCAUCCAGCAUGCACGGGAAUUGGAAAGCCGGCGAAGGGAGGCGGAGGAGCGAGAAAGGAGGAGACAGAGGGAGGUGCAGAUGGAGCUGGAGAGGCAGUUGAAAGAGGCUGAGAUGUUGAGAGACAGCAUGCAGGCAGAGAUGCAGGAGAAGGAAAAGGAGGCCGAGCAACAAAAGAGGAGGAUUCUGGAGUUGGAGCUGACGCAGGGGAAACUAGAGGCUGCACUCAACAUCGAGAUCCAGGCUCGACUGGAGGAGGAGAGGGUCCGACAGGAGCUGGAGAGGUUGCUGGAGGCUGAAGAGGAGAAGAAGAAGCAGUGUCAGCGCCUGCAGGAGCAGCAGAGGGCCUUGCAGAGCCUCAGCCCCGUAGAGGAGGCCUCAGACGCCGGGACGGACGAGGACACGCCCUCAGCCCUCUACUCAGCCUCUCAGGAGCUCCAGGAUCUGCAGGCAUCUCGCCAGAGGAGCCACCAACGCCUGGAGGAGGUUCAGGAGAAGCUGAGGAAUGCCAGUCAACAUGUACGGCACUGGAACGUCCAGCUGAACCGCCUGAUGACGCCCAUCACCCCUGGAGAUAAUCGCCUAUCAUCCAAACAAACGUGCCCCAAAAAGGAAGGAGCGCUGGCCAGUAACGAGUUCAUCUCUAAGUUCAAGAUACGGGCCGAUCAGAUCGGUCAGAUACCAGAGGACCAGCAGACGCUGGAGGAGCAGCUGGAGGCCGCCCAGCUGUCGGAAGGAUCAGACGAAUCACAGGGGAAACCCAACGGAGAAAUGGGAUGACCGUGCUGAGCCAGUUUUCAAAAGUUCAAAAAUGAUGAGAGAAAAUGAUUUUUUUUGCGUGAGACUGAAAGAGGAGAGCGGAAGAAGAAAUCUGCGAAAAAGAAUGGUGUUAUAUUUAUAUUCAGAAUCGCUCACAAGGACAGAGAACGAUGAUGAUGUCAAGCUCAAUGUGAUGCAGGAUUAAAUGAAAACACGUUUGACUGAGAUCGACUGAGAUGUACAGUUUUGUACAAUAAAGUUUAUUGGUAAAUAAUAAAACUUAAUUUUGUGA